UCCCCUCCCAAGGGAGCAACAAUACCGUACCGUCCAAAGCCGGCCAUGCCACCAGUGAUAUUUGCAGGGGGUCAAGCCUACACUGUACAGGGCCAAUAUGCAAUUCCACAUCCUGACCCGGGCUCAGUGCCCGCCUCCGCCGCCUCCAAUAUGGCAGGCGUCAAACAGCCGACCAACCUGUCGUGCCCCUCGUGUUUCUUUGUUCCCGCCCCGCAGCUGACCAAGCUCCACCAGCUGGCUCUGCAACACGCUCCGUUGCUCCCAGGGCACAGCGUAGGAGCUAUCAACCCCCAAGUGUCGGGUUUCUCAGCAGCACUGGCAGCACUGGCCACCACCAACAACCUGCGGCCCAACACGGCGGCAGCCGCCAUUGCGACGGCAAGCACCACCACCACCGAAAUGACCAUCCCCAACGACCUCAUAGGCUGCAUCAUCGGCAAGGGGGGCUCCAAGAUCAAUGAAAUUCGGCAGCUUUCUGGAGCCACAAUAAAGAUAUCGAACUCUGAAGAGGGGUCCAAAGACAGAACAGUCACCAUCUCAGGAACGCCGGAAGCAAUCAACCUAGCGCAGUACCUCAUCAACACAAGCAUGGAACUGCAUAAGAACCUGACCCUUGACCUGACCUCGAACCACCCUGCCUCGACCUCUGGAACCCUGCCACCCAACAACAACAACACCACCACCACCACCCCGAGCCCCCUGGCAAUCCCGCUCAGCCAACUGGUGAAACCCGCCAGUGCCGCCCCGCUUGCCCUGCUGGCCAACGAACUGAGCAACCUCUCUUCGGCCGCCGGCCAAGGGCGCAAGGCACUCACUCCCAAAAUUCGGGGCUCCUCCGUGGCCAACUCCGCAGCAGCGGCAGCGGGUGCCACUGCCUCGCAUAACGGCAGCAAGAAGUCCGAGCGGAACAAGUUCUCCCCUUACUAGUGGGAAGGGCCCCGCCACCCUCUCUCUCUCUCUCUUCCUCUCUCUCUCUCUGUCUCCUCGUACCCCUCGUGUCUCUAAAUUAUUCUCCCCCCAGAAAACACACACGACACACACACACACUGGAUUCACAAGGCCAGCUUGUCGUUUCGUGACCAGCUAAUGUUCAGUCUAUGAAAGGGAGUCUGGUGGUGUAACCUGCUUUUGGUGUGUUUCUUCGGAAGAACAGAGAAAAAAGAUAGAAUGUUCCUCUUUUUCUAUUUUCCUCCUUCUUGGUUCUUCCGCAACCCGGCAACGGGGAAGUUGGGGCGUUGUUGUGUGCGCGCACUGCGAAGGAGGACUGUUGCAAAGGACUGUGCAGCAAGGAGAAAGAACGCUAACCUUGUGUUGUGUGUCUGACAGUGUUGGUGUGGCCGUGCGCGCAUACGGGGUGAUGGUCUCUGCCUGGUGUAUAGCAGAAGCCAUUUUUUAUGGCUCUUUUUUUUUCCCCUUUCUUUCUCAGAGUUUGUCUUUGGGGUGUGUUCCUUUCUCUGGUGUGCGCUCAGUGCAAUGACCGCGACGUCUUUCUCCAAUCUCGCCAGUAUUUUUUAUGUUGUUAUUUACCAAAGAAGUUCUAUUCUGAGGCUAAACGGGGAGAGACAGCACUGGACGAUCCAAUGUUUUUGACGUGAGGAGGGCAUGUUUCCCCUCGUUCAUUCAGUGGCAUUUUGCUUCGCUGUGAUUAGAUCACUCUAUGUGUGUUCCUUUAGUUUGUACUUCUGUUUAUUCAUAAAGAAGGGAUACUUUGCAAAAAUUUACAUUAUUCAACAGAGCAGUGAAGCACAUAUGUUUAUUUGACAUUGUUUUACUUCUGAUCUUAUUUUUUUAUGGUCUUACUUAGGGCUCCUUGUACAAAAUGAGUAAAAAAAAUAUGCUUAAACAGUGCCAUGGUUGUGCAAGGAGUACUGCAAAAAGCAAAAUGCAAUGGAUUGACCACUUGGAUGUUGCACAUACCGGAUUACCACAUCUACAGAGAUUCUUUUUUGUCUGAAUGGAAACAGAUUCGGUAUUGCAAACAUAUCAAGAGUGGGCAUCAUUAUUUGUAUUUUCUUAAUGCAGCUUAUUGGCCUGCAUAGUUGAACGUAGGUUAGCAAAGAAGUUUUCACUCAAAGCUGCAAACGUUGACUUGUAGGCUCAUGCAGCCAUAUGCACAAAGCAAUCAAGUUUGAGACAAGCUCUGUUUUCUUUUUUAGGGUACAAGUGUUAGCUAGUCGAGAUGAAGUUUUGCGUUUACAUGGCUAGGCACGAGGUUAGCUAGCUCCUGUGCGACAGAGUUGUGCAUUUUUUAUUCAUUUUAGCGGUAGGCGUUGGUCUGGUUCUUGUUGUUGAUAUCUGAAACUUUGCUGUAUCAUAGUUUGUUCUGCAGCUGUAAUAUCAGUGUUUCUAAGUCACGUGCCUCAGAUAUCUCGGUGUGUUAUGCUAACCUGCAUUUUCAUUUGCCAACCAUAGGAUGGCUACAUAGUAGGUAGUACCUGGGUGCAACUUGUUUUUUAACUGUCUGAAUAUUGCAAGUCAGGGUAACAGCCCAGCACUCGGAUAUCAAUAUUGCUUGCACCUGGAGGAGCUGGUCCCUUGUUUUGUGUAUAUAAUACACACUCACCUUCAAUAACUUUUUUUCUUCCUAGCACUUAGGUCUUAUGGCCCGCAUAGAGCAGCAGAUGACGCAGUAUUUUAUUUGCUGUAGUCUGGUACAUAGUUAAAUGCUGUAGUAGCUUGUCUUAACAUUUACUGAAUUACUUUUCAUAGUUUGCUUACAUCACACAGCAAGUCUGGUCAAAAACAUUGAGCCCACAAUGUUUCAUUAUAAAAGUAAUGAUCUGAUGUACAAUUCAUUAAUGGGAUGUCUUAUCCUAGGCUCUCAAGGCACAUGUCUAAAUUCAUCCCCUCUGUAAAUCUUAUUCACUCUAAGACAUUGCAGGCGAUCAGAAGUUGGCAAUAAUGUUUGUACAUAAAACAACAAAUAUGAUAUAUAUAUAUGCCAGCCUUGUUGUGUGAAGUCACACACAAGGUAUAAGCAAAAUGUACACAAAAGCUAUGUAGAACAACACAGCUUGAACAUUAUAUCAGGUCUUUUCAUCAUUCCAUGAAGAGGCAUAGGGUCGAGUGUAGGUUUUAUUUUGAGAGGAACAGUUUUCUUGCAGAUGCAGGUGGUAUAAGCGGUUCAUUUUGCACAUUUCACGAGAACCAUGGUUUUCGUCUGUCUUUUUGACGUGAGGCUCUCCUGGCAGAGGACAAGCUUGUGUUCUUACAUGGGAAAUGGAAGUUGUUAUGGUGUGGCAGUCAGUAUCCCUUGACAUGCCGUUUGUGCAGCUUCACUCUACAGAACCUCUCUGAGCCUUGAACAGCUCGCAUGUGAUGUGGUCAGUCAAAUGAGUGUUUUGUAUUUCUAUGGACAUGCAUACAGAUUAUGAGCAGCAAGACAUAUCUUCUCAGAGGGUUGCCUGUGACAUGUUCCCUAACCAGCCAUCGUUGUUGACUUUUGCCCGACAACAAGUGCUCUAUUUGGUUGUGAUGGUAUCUGCCAGUUUAUUAGUUUGAUCCAAAAUAUUUUAUGCAAAUUAAUUGUGAGGCAUCUAAGCCUCAUCAUUUUAUGGCCAAAAAAAGUUUUUUUUUUUUUUUUUUUUACAUUUGGAGGGCUCAGUCUUGACUAAACUGAAGUGUCAGUGAAACUUGUUAAUAAAUACAUGUCACUGGUGGCUGUAUCUUAAAAUAGUAGCUUUCAGUGAAUUAUUCAUUCAGAUUUUUUGCAAAUAUUACUCUAUACUUUUGGUAGUCAGUCUUUCCCUUUUUUUUAUAUAUUCUAAGCCGAGAGGUACUAGUUGUGAGAGGUGCACAAUUGCAGUUUUGAGGACCACAGUAUCGUUGAACAACAAAUUGACACUGGCUUAACACUAUUCUGAGAGUAAAGCUGUCAGUAUCACUUGAUGGUUUGGCACAUGUCACAGGGGACAUCUGUAGUUAGCUGUACAUCUUGUUUGUUUCUCCAUUUUGUGUCAGUAGGACCACAGGUGUUAUUACUUGCUCCAUGUCGUACGUGUGUAAUGGCCAAGCGCCCCACUCUGUGGACAGCAGGCGAGCGGCAAGCGGAACCCAUACCCUUCCAUUGUAGAAUAACCAUUUUGGAGGCAUACAUUAAAGAUGCUGUAAUAUCA